AUGGCGCGUUUCGGCGACGAGAUGCCCAACAGGUACAGCGGAGGAGGGGCAGGAGGUGGCGGUGGACAAGCCGGCGGACAAGGGCCCAACCGCGGCGGCAGCAGGCAGGGAGGACCCCCGGGAGCGCAGCGGAUGUACAAGCAGUCCAUGGCCCAAAGAGCGAGGACCAUGGCGCUGUACAACCCCAUCCCGGUGCGCCAGAGCUGCCUCACGGUCAACCGAUCCCUCUUCCUCUUCAGCGAGGACAACGUGGUGAGGAAGUACGCCAAGAAGAUCACGGAGUGGCCUCCGUUUGAGUGGAUGAUCCUGACGACCAUCAUCGCCAACUGCAUCGUCCUGGCUCUGGAGCAGCACCUGCCCGAUGGGGACAAGACGCCGCUCUCAGAAAGACUGGAGGAGACAGAGCCGUACUUUAUUGCCAUCUUCUGUUUUGAGUCGGGGAUAAAGAUUCUAGCUCUGGGUUUUGCUCUACACAAGGGAUCCUACCUUCGCAACGGCUGGAACGUCAUGGACUUUGUGGUGGUGCUCACCGGUAUCCUGUCUUCAGUGGGCUCUCAGUUGGACCUGCGUACUCUCCGAGCCGUGCGAGUGCUGCGGCCGCUCAAACUUGUCUCUGGCAUUCCCAGCCUGCAGGUCGUGUUGAAGUCCAUAAUGAAGGCGAUGAUCCCUCUGCUACAGAUUGGGUUGCUCUUGUUCGUGGCCAUCCUCAUGUUCGCCAUCAUCGGGCUCGAGUUCUACAUGGGGAAGUUCCACACCACCUGUUAUGAUGACAUCACCCAUGAGACAGUGGACGACAUCCCCUGUGGCACAGAACUCCCAUCUCGGCUCUGUCCAAAUGGAACGUCCUGUAAAGGUGGCUGGCUUGGACCAAACUAUGGCAUCACACAGUUCGACAACAUCCUGUUUGCUGUUCUGACCGUGUUUCAAUGCAUCACUAUGGAGGGAUGGACCGAUAUGUUAUACUAUAGUAAUGACGUGGAGGGCAGCGCAUGGAACUGGAUGUACUACAUUCCCCUCAUCAUCAUCGGCUCCUUCUUCAUGCUCAACCUGGUGCUGGGUGUGCUCUCCGGGGAGUUUGCCAAAGAGAGGGAGCGAGUAGAGAACAGGAGUGAGUUUCUAAAGCUCCGGAGGCAGCAGCAGAUUGAGAGAGAGCUCAAUGGGUACCUGGAGUGGAUCUGUAAAGCAGAGGAGGUGAUUCUGGCCGAAGAUGGAACAGGGAACUUUGAUGGUUCCAGACGGAGGCCUACAAUCAAAACCAAAAACAAUAAAACGGAGCUGCUGAACACGGAGGAGGGAGAGGACAACAUGGGGGACGCUGUCGGUUUUGCACGGUCGAGUAUAAAGAGUGGGAUGGAGGGCUCUAACUACAGUAAGAAGGAGCGCCGACUCCGGUUCUUCAUCAGAAAGAUUGUGAAGACUCAGGCGUUUUACUGGACCGUGCUCUGCCUUGUGGGGCUGAAUACAGUGUGUGUGGCUGCAGUGCACUACGACCAGCCUGAACUACUCUCCGACUUCCUCUUCUAUGCAGAGUUCAUUUUCCUGGGUCUCUUCAUGUCAGAGAUGUUGAUUAAAAUGUACGGUUUGGGCAUCCAGCCAUAUUUCCACUCCUCCUUCAAUUGUUUCGACUGUGUGGUGAUAGUGGGCAGUAUAUUUGAGGUCGUUUGGGCAACCAUCAAACCAGGAACAUCAUUUGGAAUCAGUGUCCUUCGAGCUCUGAGACUGCUGCGAAUAUUUAAAGUCACCAAAUAUUGGGCUCCUCUGAGGAACCUGGUGGUGUCUCUAUUAAACUCCAUGAAGUCCAUUGUUUCUCUGCUGUUCCUGCUCUUCCUUUUCAUCGUCGUCUUCGCUCUGUUGGGGAUGCAGCUUUUCGGGGGACAGUUUAAUUUUGAAGCUGGGACUCCACCAACCAACUUCGACACAUUUGCAGCAGCCAUUAUGACAGUCUUUCAGAUCCUGACCGGAGAGGACUGGAAUGUGGUGAUGUACGAUGGCAUCGAGUCUCAGGGAGGAGUCAAUGACAAAGGCAUGAUCUUCUCCAUCUUCUUCAUCGUGCUCACGCUCUUUGGGAACUACACUCUGCUCAAUGUGUUCUUGGCCAUCGCUGUGGACAAUCUGGCCAACGCUCAGGAGCUCACUAAGGAUGAGGAGGAGCAGGAGGAGGCUGCGAGUCAGAAGACGGCUCUGCAAAAAGCCAAAGAGGUCGCAGAGGUCAGCCCUCUUUCAGCGGCCAACCUGUCCAUCGCUGCUAAGGAGCAGCAGAAGAACCACGCCAAGGGGAACAAGUCUGUGUGGGAGCAGCGCACAAGCGAGAUCCGAAGACAGAACCUGAUGACCAGUCGUGAGGCGCUGUACAAUGAACUGGAACAGGAGGACUGGAAGGUGGGAGGGGAGGGGGAGCAGGUGUCCUACCCACGAAAAGGCGACAUGAAAACACACCUGGACCGCCCCCUAGUGGUCAACCCACAGGACAACCGUAACAACAACACAAACAAGACUCCUCCUGGAGAGGUGCCUCUGGAGCAGGAGUACAGGCAUCAGGACCUGGAGCACCAGAGACGCAUGGGGCCUUCCUCUCACCACCAUCACCACCAUCAUCAUCAUCACCACCACCACCACCCCAGACCCAGCACCGACCCUGUACCAGAGGGAGGCACUGUCAUUGGGCAUGGCCUCAGCUGCUCCUCACUGCCACAUGCGGAGGUCAGCGAGGAGCGCCACAGCCACCGAGGGCAUCACAGACACAGGCACAAGAAUCGUGAGGGCAGGGAGGCCCAAAGUGUCUCUCCCCACAGCGAGGUGCCCAGAGACGGGCAGCACGAGCACAGACGGUCCCGGCAGCACCGAAGAUCCAGAGACCCAGAGGAAGGGAGCAGGAGACACCGUUCCAAGUGCGGCGAGGGAGAGGGGGAGAAGGAGGGAGAGAGAGAGGGGCGGAGGGGCCGCAAACACAGGCACCGCAAGAGGUGAGAGGAAACAUUCAAAGAGCAUCAUAGCCUGGGCCCCAGCCUGUCCACAACACGGCCCAUUCAGCAAUACAACGAGUCCCUGGACAACCUGAGAAACAACAGCAAACUGUGUGAACUCCCAUACACCUUGCCCCCAGACCACCCGGACCACCCAGACCACCCAGACCACAUCAACAACCUCCUGAAUGCCCGCGACUCCGACACCCACACCCUCCUCCACAGCAUGGACAGCCUGAUCCUCACCAGCCUGGCCAAACCCGAGUACACCGCCAUAGAUAUGCCUCCUGUCUACCCCUAUCCCUCCACCAACGCCAUCCUGCAGGUGAACAAAAAUGCAAACACAGACCAGAAGAAACCCGAGGAGAAAGAAGAGGAGGACGAGGGAGAGGAUGGAGAUGGACCUAAACGUAUUCCCCCAUACAGCUCCUGCUUCAUCAUGUCCACCACCAACCCGUUUCGUAAAUGCUGCCACUAUAUCCUGACGCUGAAGUACUUUGAGUUCAGUAUUCUGUCUGUGAUUGCCAUGAGCAGCAUCGCUUUGGCCGCAGAGGACCCGGUGUGGCCCGACUCACCCAGGAAUAAUGUGCUGCGAUAUUUUGACUACGUUUUCACAGGAGUGUUCACUUUUGAAAUGCUGAUUAAGAUGGUGGUGCUGGGCCUGUUCCUGCACCAGGGCUCGUACUUCCGAGACCUGUGGAACAUCCUGGACUUUAUAGUGGUUAGUGGUGCUCUGGUGGCCUUCGCCUUCACUCCGAGCAGUACUCGGGGGAGCAGCAAAGGUAAAGACAUCAGUACAAUCAAGUCUCUGCGAGUGCUGAGGGUGCUGCGUCCGCUCAAGACCAUCAAGAGGCUGCCCAAGCUCAAGGCUGUAUUUGACUGUGUGGUGAACUCUCUGAAGAACGUUCUAAACAUCCUGAUCGUGUACAUGCUCUUCAUGUUCAUCUUUGCUGUUGUGGCCGUGCAGCUGUUUAAAGGACGAUUCUUCUACUGCACUGACGAGUCCAAGGAGUUUGAGCGCGACUGCAGGGGCGAGUACUUAGUGUAUGAUAGAGACGAGGUGAAAGCUCAGAAGCGGGAGUGGAAGAAGUACGAUUUCCACUACGACAAUGUGGCUUGGGCCCUGCUCACCCUCUUCACUGUGUCUACUGGAGAGGGGUGGCCCCAGGUGUUAAAACACUCGGUGGAUGCCACUUAUGAGAACCAGGGCCCCAGCCCGGGAUACAGGAUGGAGAUGUCCAUCUUUUACGUGGUGUACUUCGUUGUCUUCCCCUUCUUCUUCGUAAACAUCUUUGUGGCUCUCAUCAUCAUCACCUUCCAAGAGCAAGGAGAUAAGAUGAUGGAGGACUACAGCCUCGAGAAGAACGAGAGAGCUUGUAUAGACUUUGCCAUAAACGCCCGGCCCCUGACGCGCCACAUGCCAAAGAACAAGCUGAGUUUCCAGUACCGGAUGUGGCAGUUUGUGGUGUCUCCUCCCUUUGAGUACAGCAUCAUGGCUCUGAUCGCGCUCAACACUAUCGUCCUCAUGAUGAAGUUUGAUGGUGCAUCUGAAACCUACGAUAAUGUCCUGAAAAACCUCAACAUCGUCUUCACCACCUUUUUCUUCAUGGAGUCGAUUCUGAAAAUCAUCGCCUUUGGGCCUCUGAAUUACUUCCGAGACGCCUGGAACAUCUUUGACUUUGUCUCGGUCCUGGGCUCCAUCACAGACAUAUUGGUCACAGAGUUAGGGAAUAACUUCAUAAACCUGAGCUUCCUGAGGCUGUUCCGAGCGGCUCGACUCAUCAAACUGCUGCGACAAGGAGAGACCAUUCGCAUCCUGCUCUGGACAUUCGUGCAGUCCUUCAAGGCUCUGCCGUACGUGUGUCUGCUCAUCGCCAUGCUUUUCUUCAUCUACGCCAUUAUCGGGAUGCAGCUGUUUGGGAACCUGGCUUUGGAGGAAGACGGAGAGAGUGCCAUCAGCGAACACAACAACUUCAGGACCUUCAUCAUGGCGCUCAUGCUGCUCUUUAGGAGUGCAACGGGCGAGGCGUGGCAUGAUAUCAUGCUCUCAUGUUUGGGAGGAAAAGAAUGUGACCCAGACUCAGGAAACACGGAGCCCGAAUGUGGAAGCACCUUCGCCUACACCUACUUUGUCUCCUUCAUCUUCCUGUGCUCCUUCCUGAUGCUGAACCUGUUUGUGGCUGUCAUCAUGGAUAACUUUGAGUAUCUGACCCGAGACUCCUCCAUCUUGGGCCCGCACCAUCUGGAUGAGUACGUGAGGAUCUGGGCUGAGUACGACCCGGCAGCCUGCGGGCGCAUUCAUUAUAAGGAUAUGUACAGUUUAUUGCGAGUUAUCUCCCCUCCCCUGGGCCUUGGCAAGAAAUGCCCUCAUAGGGUGGCGUGCAAGAGGCUGCUCCGGAUGGACCUACCAGUCGCCGACGACAACACGGUGCACUUUAACUCCACCCUUAUGGCUCUGAUACGGACAGCGCUGGACAUCAAGAUCGCCAAGGGAGGGGCAGAUAAGCACCAAAUGGACGCAGAGCUCAGAAAAGAGAUGAUGGCAAUAUGGCCGAACUUGUCUCAGAAGACGCUGGACCUGCUAGUGACUCCACACAAGGCAGCCACAGACCUCACAGUGGGAAAGAUCUACGCCGCCAUGAUGAUUAUGGAGUACUACCGCCAGAGCAAGAUGAAGAAGCUGCAGACGCUGAGGGAGGAGCAGAACCGACCGCCCUUAAUGUUUCAGCGCAUGGAGCCUCCGAUCGAAGGAGGGCCUGAGGGCCAGGGGCCCAACGGGGGCCCCAGCCUGCAGCCGGACCACCUCAACACAAUACCUUCGGAGGGCGGCAUGACGGAGAGCACCUCAUGGAUGACGGCCAAAGCCCAGGAAAUGUUCCAGAAAACAGGAAACUGGAGCCCAGAGAGGGCCUAUCCUGACGAGCUGCAGGACAACAGACACAACCCACAGACAGUAGAGAUGAGGGAGAUGGGCCGGUUGUCGGACUCAGAGCCUUUUCACAUGGACGUGCACGGGCGCACGGUGUCAAUGCCCCGCCUGUCCGCAGACAACCAACGGAGGAGACACAGGCCCAGAGGGAAUAACUACAGUUCUAUCCCAGAUUCGAGCCCUCUGCGACGCUCCUCUUCUAGCCUGGUGCAUGGUCGCUCUGGGAGGAAUGUUCGGCUGGAGGAUUACUCUCUGGAGAGGGAGGUGUCUGAGGAGGGUCACCGAGGAGGAGGCCGACGGCACCGCGACCGAAGCCACAGAACCAGCCAGAGAUCACUCACUAGAUACACGGACGUCGACACAGAGGUUUUAGCUGUCAUCCAUGAAUGUUUGAGCCUGGGCACAGACCUGAGCACCACGACUCAAUCUGGAGACCUGCCUCCCAAAGAGCAUGAAAGAGACCGAGGAAGGACCAAAGACCGCCGCCACCACCACCACCAUCAUCAUCACGGCUCCUUUGACAAAGACCGCUACCAUGACUACCCCCACAGACAUGCCCACGACCGCCACUGGUCCAGGUCACCCAGCGAAGGCCCUGAGGGGAGGGGCCACAGACAGGGCAGUAGUUCCGUGAGUGGCAGUCCCGUCCCGUCUACCUCCGGGACCAGUACUCCGCGCAGGGGGCGGAGACAGCUGCCCCAGACGCCUGCUGUGCCACGCCCACACGUCACCUACUCCCCCGCGGUGAGGAAACCCAGCUACGGCCCUCCGCCUCCUGGACGCCUGCGCUCGCCCUCCCCCCGACACUUCUCACCUCCGGACCACGACCGGGCCUACCACCACAGGCCCCCCUCCCGACACGCCUCUCCCCACCACGGAGGCUCCUCAUCCAGGCAUGGCUCCCCGCGAUUACCCCAUCGCGGCCGCUGGAGUGGGCCUCCCGUGGGGGACAGUCUGGAGGGAGAUGGACCGUUUUAUGAGCACGAUUAUGAGCCCCCUGCCUACGAACAGAGCCUGUCCCACGGAAACCCCCAUCCCCGCUCCCCAAGGACCUCGCGCCACGGCCCCCCUCCUCCCCCCCACACGCGGAGGGUCCCAAAUGGGUACCGCUCGUCCUCGCCCUCCCCGCACCGACGUGGGCCCCCUGGAGGACCCCCACACCACAGGGCACCCCAUCCCAGAGGCCCAAGGAAAGGCCUCCAUGAACCUUACAGUGAAACAGAUGAGGACGACUGGUGCUGA